UCACAAAAUGUUUUUCUUCCCACCAUCCCAUCCUUAACCUAUACCAUAGACCUCCCUCUCUCUCACUCUCUUCAUUUCUUCUUCCUCAUCAUUGUUAACUCUUUUCUGCAACUUCAUCUUCCUUAAACAUCACUCAUGGCGUCUCUUCUGCUCCUCAACCACCUCCAAUCUCCUCCCCUUUCACCACCACACGCCACCACCUUCAACAACACACCAACCACAACCCUCUCAUUCUUUUCCAAAACCAAACCCCCAUUCAUCCUCAAAUGCUCUUCCACCUCAAACCUAAGCCCAAAACUGGACCAAGAAGACGUCCAAGGAAAAGAACAAGAAACAUUUGAUUUUGAGGCUCCCUUGAGCCAAGUGUGGAGGGAAAUCCAAGGCAUGAAGGAUUGGAAAGGGUUGAUAGAGCCAACCAUGAACCCUCUCCUCCGGCGAGAAAUAAUCCGGUAUGGGGAACUGGCACAGGCAUGCUACGACUCCUUCGACUUCGACCCUCAUUCCAAGUACUGCGGAACCUGCAAGUACCAUCCCUCCCACUUCUUCCACCAACUCAGCAUUCCCCACUCCGGCUACACCAUCACCCGCUACCUCUACGCCACCUCCAACAUCAACCUCCCCAACUUCUUCCAGAAGUCCAACCUCGCCUCCGUCUGGAGCCCGCACGCCAACUGGAUGGGCUACGUCGCCGUCAUCACCGACAAGGAACACAUCAAACACCUCGGUCGCCGCGACAUCCUAAUUGCAUGGCGCGGAACAGUCACCUACGUCGAAUGGAUCCACGACCUCAAAGACAUUCUCCGUCCCGCGCUCUUCUCCAGAGACCAAACCAUCAAGGUAGAAUCUGGAUUCCACGACUUGUACACCAAGAAAGAACACUCCUGCACCUAUUGCUCUUUCUCGGCUCGCGAACAAGUACUCUCAGAGGUUAAACGUCUUCUUAACUACUACAAAGACGAAGAGAUAAGCAUCACCGUCACCGGGCACAGUCUCGGUGCUGCGUUGGCCGUUCUGAGCGCGUACGACAUAGCCGAGGUUAGGUUAAACGUGGUUGGCGACGGUGGUGAACGUGUUCCCGUGACGGUGUUUUCGUUUGCGGGGCCUAGGGUUGGGAAUUUGAAGUUUAAAGAGCGGUGUGAGGAGCUCGGGGUGAAGGUUCUGAGAGUGGUGAACGUGCACGAUGUGGUACCCACCGUGCCGGGGAUAAUAACGAACGAGAAGUUUCGGUUUCAGAAGUACAUAGAGGAUGCGCUGUCGUUUCCGUGGAGCUAUGCGCACGUGGGGACGGAGAUUGCGUUGGAUCACAGAGAGAGUCCGUUCGUGAAGGGGAACGUGGAUCUGGUGAGUGCGCAUAACUUGGAGGUUCAUCUGCACCUCGUUGAUGGCUACCAUGGGAAGGAAAAGAGGUUCUGCUUGGCGUCGAAGCGUGACAUAGCGCUUGUGAACAAGAGCUGUGACUUUCUCAGGAGUGAGUACGGCGUUCCGCCGAACUGGCGGCAGGACGAGAACAAGGGGAUGGUGAGAGGCGGCGAUGGGCGGUGGGUUCUGCCGGAGCGCCCCAGAUUGGAGGCUCAUCCACCAGACAUGGCCCACCAUCUCCAGCAAGUGUUGGACAACCACCUCGCAGGUCAGCAAUUAGAAACCACUUAACAUGAUGAUGUUUAAGAAAAAAAACAGUGUAAAAUAUGUUCUGAUGAUGUUUAAGAAAAUAUUAACCUGUGUUUUGAAGAAAA